AUGGGUAUCAUCGCUGUUGCAGGAGGCACGGGAAGUGUGGGGCGAACAAUCGUCGAGGCGUUGACUGCUACGGCUAAACACAAUGUGAUUGUCCUCACACGCACUCCGAGAUCCAGUACCAAAGAUGUCAUCUACCUCGAAGUGAACUACCAAGAUGUCGAAGCCACCGCUGCCGCCCUGGAGUCCGCGAACAUUGACACGGUCAUCUGCGCAAUCAGCAUGCUGUCGGAGGAGUCCAGCCAAACACAACACAGAUUAAUAGACGCAUCGGCCAGAUCAAAGGCUACGCGGCGCUUCGUGGUCAGCUCAUUUGACAUCUACUUCAAGGAAGAACACAUUGCAACUGUCCCCGCCGCAAAAUGGCAAUUUGACGCCCUCAAUGCCCUGGAGAAAACAAAUCUCGAAUAUACUCGCGUCGUUAACGGCUUCUUCCUGGACUACUACGGCAUGCCCCACUGGCCAACCCAUCUCAAACCGUGGACCAACUCGGUCUCCGUGGCGGGCAAAUGGGCCGUCAUUCCCGGUGACGGAACAUCCAAGGGAACUUUCAUCACUUCGCAGGAUAUGGCAAAAUUUGUAGCUCGAAUGACGGAUCUACCAAAUUGGAAUCCGCUCACGUCAAUCGUUGGGGAGGAGCUUACAUUUUUGCAGAUUACAGCGAUAGCGGAGAGGGUGCGAGGCGAGAAAUUCCGUGUUAUCUUCGAGAACCUGGAUAAUCUUGCAAAGGGCAAGAUUGCAUUCCCUGAGUUCCCAGAAGCAGACUACGGCCUCUCGAACGAACAAUGGGAAUCUAUACUCUCUAAAAUCCAUUACCUGGCCGGGAUGAAUGUGGCUUUGGUAAAGAGUGAUGAUCCUCUGAACGAUCAGUUUCCGGAGCUCAAGCUGACAACCGCCUCCGAGGUGAUCGAGUCAUCCUGGGCUGGGAAAUGA